GGCCGCGGCGGGUGCGGGGAAGCGGCGCCAUGGGGCUGAGGCGGCAGAAACACGCCAAGAAGCACAUGGGCUUCUACAAGAACAACUUCCAGUUCCGCGAGCCCUUCCAGGUGCUGCUGGACGGCACCUUCUGCCAGGCCGCGCUCUGCAACAAGAUCCAGAUCCGGGAGCAGCUGCCCGGGUACCUGGACGGCGCCACCGAGCUCUGCACCACCCGAUGUGUUCUAAAAGAACUGGAAUCACUGGGGAAAGCACUGUAUGGAGCAAAAUUAAUUGCCCAAAGAUUUCAAAUUCGAAACUGUUCUCACCACAAGGAUCCUGUGAGUGGCUCGGCCUGUUUACUUUCCAUGAUUGAAGAAGGCAACCCUCACCACUUCUUUAUUGCUACACAGGACCAGGAUUUAGCAAACAAAGUGAAAAAGAAGGCUGGCGUUCCUCUCCUCUUUAUUAUUCAGAACACUAUGGUGCUAGACAAACCUUCACCUAAAUCUUUGGCAUUUGUUCAAAAGUUGCAGACGAGUCAGCUUGUUCCAGAACACCAAAAACAAAGUAUUGUGCAGCUUAAAGAAAAAGAAGGACUAGCAAAGCAAGAAGGUGAAAGGAGACGAAAACGUAAAAGGGCAGGUGGCCCAAAUCCUCUCAGCUGUCUGAAGAAGAAAAAGAAGAAAACAGAGGAGGGUCAGGAGCCUUCUGCUGUAAAGAAGAAAAGAAGAAAAAGAAAGAGAAAUAGGGUUAAAGCAGAAGCUGUGUAGUCAGUGCAGAGGAAUGAAGAAGAAUAAACUUGUUUUGGUAAGCAUUUCAGGACUUGAACAUUGUUUGACCUUUGCAGGAAGAAAGAUUAAUAUGCAAUCAUGUGAAAUCAAGUUGUUAAUAUUAAAACUUAUUUUUAUGA